UGCGUUGCGGCUUAUCUGGUGCGAGCGCGGCACCAGCACGUCGUGGAUUGCCACUUCCUCCCUCGCCUUUUCUUGUUCUUGUUCUUGGUCGAACUCCUCGUUGCUGGAGGAGGAAGGAAGAGGAAGAGGAAGAGGGAGGGGAGACCGAAGAAGAAGAAGAGAGAGAUGGACGUGGAGAUCCAGCGGCCGCGGGAGGUGGGCAGCUGCAGGGUGGUCAAGGUGGACAAGGAGGCGUCCUGGGAGCUCUUCACCGCCCAGGCCGCCAACGAAGGCCGCACCGUCGCUGCUCACUUUGGGGCGUCAUGGUGCGUCACGUCCCUGUCCAUGAACUACAAGUUCGAGGAGCUCGCCCAGACCCACCCCGACAUGCUCUUCCUCUUCGUCGACGUCGACGAUGUCCCGGGCGUGUCUUCCAAGCUGGGGGUGAAGGCCAUGCCCACCUUCUUCCUGAUCAAAGGCAAGGAGGUGAUGAAGAAGAUCGUCGGCGCCAACUCGGACGAGCUCCACAAGAUGGUGGACUCCGACGACGAUUCGCUCAGCUCCGCCGUUACCACUCUCCCUGACAUAGUCAUCGAAAAAUAGCUGUUUUGCCGUAGUCCCUGAAACUUUUCAAACUGCUGUUCGCUUGCUUCCGGUGUGUGUGACUCUGAAUCUGAUCUUGUCUGAUGUGUGUGUGUGUUCCUACUAGAGGAGAGUAGGGCGUGUGACUUGGCUACUGGCCCGCUGGCCGCUGCAACUGUGACUUGCUGCUUUCUGAAAUGCUACUACAUAUAGUACAUGCUAGUGUUUUUGUUUUGAGAUUGA